UUGAAUUCAUCACAAUUUGAAAGUGUAUUUAUUUAUCUUUCUACUUCUUUCAACUUAUUAAGCUUCUUGAAUGAGAAUUUGACGUUCCACUUCCUUGCUUCUCAUUCACUCUUCAACUCAUCUUAGGAAACUGCCCUCCCUCCAAUCACGCGAGAGAGAUUUCCGUGUUGCCAUAUCCAAUAUUUGCUUUUCUGUCUGCAUUGUGUUUGAUUGCCCUGUGACUUUUCACGCCGCUGGCCACUGGCUCUCCCGUUCUUGAAACCUCCUUCAUUAGGUCUCCAGGAAGGCACUCCGCUGUUCUCUUCCCACCUCUCUGGCCAUCCUGUCCUUGCCCCCCUCCGAAGUUUCUCCUCCUCCUCUGGCGUAUCCUUCAAUGGUGUUCUCUUCGGGGCUCAACCUUGGAUCCGCCUGGCUGUGUUGCAGGCACCGCAAAUGUGAUAUGUCCUCAACCGAGUUCACCCUCCCCACCCACAUGCUGUUCCUCCUCGGUCUCGUGUCCAUGAAGAUAGACAGCACCCCACCUCCAAUCUCUGGGCCAGAAACCUGGCAGUCCUUCACUCCUCCCUUUCUAGCAACCAGUAUCUCACCUCACCUAGUUCUGUCCUUUCAAUCUCCCAGAUAACUCUCACAACCAUCACUUUCCCUCCCUCCGCUCUGCCAUGGUCCUCUGGCCGGAGAGGGACAGUUUCUGGAGGAGAGCAGCCUCCACCCCAUUGAGCUGGAGCCUAAACCCCAAGACAGGAAGGAACUAACUUAGGGGUGGAGCUGGGUGUGGGUGUGAGGGGUAGGUAGGGAUGUGACUUCCUCAAAGACCCAGAGUGAGGAGCAACACGCAUCCCCAGCUAUGGGCCGCCUCCUCACCUCUCUCAGACCCCAGCAACACGGUCCCCCAAGGCAUGGGGGCCCAACAGGGGAAAGAAACAAGGCCAGUCGCAGAUGAACGGGCAUCUUGGGCCCACGGGAGAGAGUGGGGAACCUGAGGUUAUGGAGCAACAAUUUUCAAAUCUUCUGGUCUCAGGAUCUUUUUAUAUCGCGAAAAUGUUUUGAGGGCCCCGGAGUGCUUUUGUUUACAUGGAUUAUAUCUAUCAUUGUUUACCAUUUAAAAAAUUAAAACUAAGACAGUAUAAAUAAAAAUUGUUGCUUUUAAAUAUAAAAACCAAUAACAAACUCAUUGCGUGUUAACACACAUAACGUUUUGAGUAAAAAAUAACUAAAAUUUCAAAAUAAACAUUUUAGGAAGAAGAGUGGAAUUUAUUUAUAUAUUUUUUGCAAAUCACUUUGAUCUUGGGUUUGAUAGAAGACAGCUGGAUUCUCAUAACUGCUUCUGCAUUCAAUCUGAGGCACAAGCAGGACACGGUGGCCAGCUGCCUUUUCUAGCCCCGAGCAAUGGAGACGAAUGAUUCUCGCGUGGACUCCGAGUUCCGGUAUACCCUCUUCCCGAUUUUUUACAGUGUCAUCUUUGUGGUGGGGGUCAUCGCCAAUAGCUACGUGCUGUGGGUCUUUGCCCGCCUGUACCCUUCCAAGAAACUCAACGAGAUCAAGAUCUUCAUGGUGAACCUCACCAUGGCCGACCUGCUCUUCUUGGUCACCCUGCCCCUGUGGAUCACCUACUACUACCACCAGGGCAACUGGAUUCUCCCUCCGUUCCUGUGCAACGUGGCCGGCUGCUUCUUCUUCAUCAACACCUACUGCUCGGUGGCUUUCCUGGCUGUCAUCACGUACAACCGCUUCCAGGCCGUGACGCGGCCCAUCAAGACCGCUCAGGCUACUACCCGGACGCGCGGCAUCUUGUUGUCCCUGAUCAUCUGGGUGUCUAUUGUGGCCGCUGCGUCCUACUUCUUUGUCCUGGACUCCACCAACGUGGUGCCCAACAAGACCGGCUCCGGCAACGUCACUCGCUGCUUUGAACAUUAUGAGAAAGGCAGCAAACCCGUCCUCAUCAUUCACAUCUUUCUCGUGUUUGCCUUCUUCCUUGUCUUCCUCAUCAUCUUCUUCUGCAACCUGAUCAUCAUCCGCACGCUGCUCCUGCAGCCCGUGCAGCUGCAGCGCAACGUGGAAGUCAAGCGCCGGGCGCUGUGGAUGGUCUGCACGGUCCUGGCGGUGUUCAUCAUCUGCUUUGUGCCUCACCAUGUUGUACAGCUGCCCUGGACCCUGGCCGAGCUGGGCUUCCAGAACAGCGACUUCCACCAGGCUAUUAACGAUGCACAUCAGGUCACCCUCUGCCUCCUUAGCACCAACUGUGUCUUAGACCCCGUCAUCUACUGUUUCCUCACCAAGAAGUUCCGCAAGCACCUUACCGAGAAGUUCCAGAGCAUGCGCAGCAGUCGGAAAUGCCCCCUGACCACCAUGGACACGGGCACCGAAGUGGUCUUGCCGCUCAACCACGUGCCUGCCAAUUCCCUCAAAAAUUAGCCUCUGCCUGAUGGGGCCAGGCCCAGAGGCAUGGACAUCAUGACUGACUUGGGGGAAGAAGAGGUAUUUGCUGUGGUCUGGGCACAUCUUUCCUGGGUGCUCGGGGCCCAUGAGAUAUGGAGGCUACCUCCAUAAGGUGGGGAUGAUGGAAGAGCCAGACUGCUAGAAAUCCCAAACCUGAACGAGCCCCUUGAGCCCCCUUUGGACAUCUGCCAUAGGAAACUUGGCUGGUGGUUUUAGCCAGGGGCAGACCUUGGGGACAGACUUUGAGCCACCCAGUGCACCCUGCUAGGGCAGCACCCCAAGUGCAUAUGACUUAAACUUUGGAGCAACCACUCCCUUCAUCACUGUAAAGGCAGAGAAGGGGGUUUGGGGAAAGGGACACUCCCUUGGCAACAUGGCAGUACCUUUGGGGCAGACUUUUGAGCUAGGAUGAUGCCACCCUGUCUCCACCCACAGGCACAAGGCCUUUGUGACACUUCUUAGGGUGGCUCAGUGGAAACUUCUCCCAACUCACCCAACACCCGAAUGGCGACCAGAGAAGAUAACACGUGCAUAGACCAAACGCUAGGAUGGGGGGCUUGUGUCCUGAGGCAGAGGUGUCACCCUGCAUGGACCUCGUGUCAGGCCUGGCUCAGCUCUGGGGGAGAGACACAAUCGCCGUAUCCAUCUGUCUGUGCAGAGACCUUGAUAAAGUACCUCCUGUCGGGCAGCAAAGGCCCCUCGGGGCGAAACUCUGAUCAUCCAGGGCACCAUGAUGCCCAGGGGAUUCCAUAGGAGUGGGAGCCUAGGCUGGUCUCCCCCCUGCCUCUUUUUCUAGGGAACCCCCUCCUAAUUUAGCUCCUAGGAGGUGGGAGGAGCAGUUAUGGUUUCUAGGGCCAGCAGGCACUGUGAGUUCUGGGUGCAGAAGAGAAGUGUCCACUUCUCGACGAUCUCUAGAUGCCUGCUUGUGAUUUUCAGCAAAUAUAUUCAGAUGAGCCGCCUCUUGCACCCUGAGCUGACUACCACAGUCUGAAUCAGGCAGCCUCAGACCCAGGGCUCAGAGGAGCCCUCUCUGGCUUCCAGGGCCUUAUGGGCCUUUAAGGAGAUCUUCUUCCCUCCCAGACAGUGUCCCCAUACAGUUGGGAUCCUUGAUUUCUGUCUACUGGGCAAGCGCUGGAUGGAUGAUUUUUAUAACUGCCUCCCAAUGGGCCAGUAACGCGCUUGGGUCUGCAGUCGUAGCUGUGGGCCGGCCUUACCUGAUGGUGACCAGGUAGUGCGGCUUACUGGAGCUUUGGUGUCACAGAGACCCAGUUUCCACUCUUGGCUUUGUCACUUCCUGCUGAGAACUUUGAGCUGAAUUUCCUACCUCAUAGGGUUGUUCUGAGCAGCGAAGUAAGUUGCUGAGUCAGACACCACUCGGUCAGGGUGCCUUCUCAUCCAAGUUUCUCUCUUUUUCUGAGAAUUUGUUCCCCUCCGUCCUCCUAUAGGAGUUGAAUGGAUGAGAGGUGAACAUCUGGCUCUAGCUGGGCCGGUCAGGAAUUCAAAUGAGCCUCCUCUUGCACCCUGAGCUGAGUACCACAGCUCUCUCAGGAAUAAGUAGCAAGAGUCAGGGAUGCUAUUUCAGGCUCUGCAAGUCACUCACCUGAAGAUAUAGAAACCCUGGAGCUGUGAGUGUGUGCGCGUCUACAUGUGUGUGUCUGUCUGUGUGUAUGUGCUGGGGUUGAGAGGGUGGCGGAGACGGCCACUGACAUGCGUGUACUAGAGAAAAUGGCUCUGUUUAGAGGGAAGCUGGAGAUGUGCAGAGCAAAGCAGAGACAGAGGGCCCCGGAACCUGGAGAGAGGAGCGGGUGGUGCUUCCAGGGGCCUGCCGCUCUCCUCCAGGCCACGCCCUUCUUGAGGCACAACUGCACUUUUUUCUUUGGGGCCUGUGAGAGUUCCUUGUGAGGAAAUCUUCCCUUAUCUUGCUUGAGCUGAUUUGAGUCACUGAUUACUUGCAACUAAAUGAGCUCCGAACGAGAUAAAUGCUUACAUGCUAAAACAGUGUUUCUUGAAUUUCAGUGAUUUAUGUACCCCCCACCCCCUUGAAGUUUUUACAGUGUCUAUGUACCAGCUAUAUAUUUACUCAAUAAAUAUUUUUCUUUAAA